AUGUUUGCGGCAGCAACUAAAAACUUUGUGAAGCAGGUGGGGAACACUGGACGCCUAGUCCCUGUGCCCAGCCUAAGUGAAGCGGACCGAUAUCAACCCCUCAGUCUGGUGACGAGGAAAAGAAGACGACAUUUCUGGAAGAAGACCAAAUAUGCCACAACCCCUUUCUCACUGAAAGACAUACUCGUGGGAGAGAAAGAGAUCACAGCAGGUGUCUCCUCAUAUCAGCUCCUGAACUAUGAGGACAAGUCUGAUGUUGCCCUAAAUGGGCGUUUGGGUAACCAUCUGAUCCACGAGGUGGGGGUAAACGUGAGUGGUUCAGAUUCUGUGGCAGUAAAGGCUUCAUUUGGAAUUGUGACCAAACAUGAGGUGGAGGUUCCAACAUUACUGAGGGAACUCAAUGCGAGAAAAGUUGACCUGGAUCACUGUUUGAUCCGUCAGUCCAAAGAGAGUGGACGGACUGUCCUGUGUGUUGUGAUGGAGAGUAUCCGCACCACGCGCCAGUGCUCCCUCACCGUCCACGCUGGAGUGCGAGGAACUACCAUGAGGUUCCAGAUAGAUGAUGGUCGAAACCCUAAAGGUCGAGAUAAAGCCAUUGUAAUUCCAGCCCACACGACCAUAGCAUUCAGUGUGCUGGAGCUUUAUGUGCGUCUUGAUGGACGUCUAGACAUAUGUGUGGCUCCAGAGUCAGUAGGAGGGUUUGAGAGGGAACAGAUCCGUGACUAUUCCACAUUUAACUUGAUUUGUCACUCUGUGCUUGCUGUAGAUGACAGGACGUUUGAGGAGCUCACUCACUCUGAUAUGUACAUGGAUGAUGUGACGGACUACUAUGAGAAGGCUGCCAGCAUGACGGACCUGUCCACGGCCUACCUGCAGGAUGAGAAGCACACACGUGUAAAUCUGCUCAACCAUAACAUACCUAAAGGACUGUGUGCCUUGUGUGGGAUGGGCCACCAGAGACGUGAGACUGUCUACGGCUGCCUGGAGUGUUCUUCAGGGGGAAACAAAUAUGUCCGUCUCCACGCUGUACCAUGUUUUGACCUCUGGCAUAAAACUUUAAGGUGAGAAAUGGCCUGGAAGAACUCCCAGGGUGAUUAUCAUGCAAAUGUUGUGCAACAUGACCACAAGAUGAAAAAGCCCCGGCUUUCAUUUUGGCAAAAACACAUUUUAUGAAAGCAAGAAUGUACUUUGCACAUUGUUAGUAGAACUGACAUUGUAAAACAGAUGAUUUCAACAAAUUCUAAAACAUCUGACCUCAAUCUGAUUAUUACCAUAAGAAAUUGUUUAGUGAUUGAUAUAUAAUGUUUCCUUCUUUUCUCAGCUUGUUUGAGAGGACAUUAUUAUAACCCCUAGUAUCAUAGUUGUUAAAUAAUAAUUAUUAUCUAGUAUCUACUUUACUGGCCAAAACUUUGGAAUA